AAACCAAAAACCAGGGAGAAGGUCGUCUGAAAGAAACCAACCCAAUCCCUACUACCAAUUUUCUCUCACAUUUUCCCUCACUUUCUCACCAUCCAAACACAUAUCCAAUGGAGCACCAUCACAAAGAUGAUGAGUUCAUUUUCCGGUCCAAACUCCCCGAUAUUUACAUCCCAAACCACCUCCCUCUUCACACCUACUGCUUCGAAAACAUCUCCCAAUUCAUGGACCGCCCCUGCUUGAUCAACGGCAACAACGGCGACACCUUCACCUACGCCGACGUCGAGCUCACCUCCCGCAAGGUCGCCUCGGGGCUCCACAAAAUCGGCAUUCACCAAACCGACGUCAUCAUGCUCCUCCUCCAAAACAGCCCUGAAUUCGUCUUUGCAUUUCUCGGCGCCUCCAAUAUCGGCGCAGUCGUCACCACCGCCAACCCCUUCUACACUCCAGCCGAGAUGGCCAAGCAGGCAAAAGCAUCCAAUGCCAAACUCAUCAUAACGCAGUCGGCUUACGUGGACAAGGUGAAGGACUUCGCACUUAAAAACGACGUCGAGAUCAUGGUCGUCGACAGCGUGGAAACUGAGGAAGACGGUAAUACUUAUCGUCACUUCUCGGAGCUGACUUCGGCGGACGAGAAUGACAUCCCGGCGGUGAAAAUAAACCCCGAAGAUGUCGUUGCGCUGCCGUAUUCUUCCGGGACGACGGGGCUACCUAAAGGGGUUAUGCUGACUCACAAAGGGUUGGUGACGAGCGUGGCGCAACAGGUGGACGGAGAGAAUCCGAAUUUGUAUUUCCACAGUGAGGACGUGAUCCUCUGCGUGCUGCCCUUGUUCCAUAUCUACUCCCUCAAUUCAGUGUUUCUCUGCGGACUCAGAGUUGGGGCGGCGAUACUGAUCAUGCAGAAGUUUGAGAUCACCAAGUUGUUGGAGCUGGUGGAGAAGUACAAGGUGACGAUUGCGCCUUUUGUACCUCCGAUCGUUUUGAGUAUUGCCAAAAGCCCCGACUUAGACCGGUACGACUUGUCAUCGAUAAGGAUGGUGAUGUCCGGUGCGGCGCCGAUGGGGAAGGAGCUUGAGGAUACAGUGAGGGCUAAGUUACCUAAUGCCAAACUUGGACAGGGGUAUGGAAUGACAGAGGCUGGACCUGUGCUGUCAAUGUGCUUAGCAUUUGCAAAGGAACCAUUUGAGAUAAAAUCAGGUGCGUGCGGGACUGUUGUAAGAAAUGCAGAGAUGAAAAUUGUUGACCCUGAUACGGGUGCUUCGCUUACGCGAAAUCAAGCUGGAGAGAUUUGCAUCAGAGGUAGCCAAAUCAUGAAAGGUUAUCUUAAUGAUCCUGAAGCCACGGAGAGAACCGUAGACAAACAGGGAUGGUUGCACACAGGUGAUAUAGGGUACAUCGACGGUGAUGACGAGCUCUUUAUCGUCGACCGAUUAAAGGAACUCAUCAAAUACAAAGGGUUCCAAGUGGCUCCGGCUGAGCUUGAAGCCAUGCUGAUUGCCCAUCCCAACAUCUCCGACGCUGCUGUUGUACCUAUGAAGGAUGAAGCUGCAGGUGAAAUUCCUGUUGCAUUUGUUGUGAGAUCGAACGGUUCCAAGAUCUCCGAAGAUGACAUCAAACAAUACAUCUCAAAACAGGUCGUCUUUUAUAAGAGAAUAGGUCGGGUUUUCUUCAUAGACAAAAUACCCAAGGCUCCUUCUGGCAAAAUCUUGAGAAAAGACUUGAGAGCAAAGCUGGCUGCAGGCCUACCCAAUUAGGGUUUCAAGUGACAAGCUAAACCACACAAUAUGAAAGACUGAUUGUGAAGAUGAAACACGUAUCAGCGUGUGUACGCGCUAUUUUCCAAAAUGGAAAGUGGGAAAUCAAGAUGGAAAGGAAAAAACUAUAGUUGUUUUUAAAGUGGUGAUUUUUCAAGCCUUUGUAUGUGCUCUAAUAUCUUCCUCUUUGGGACCAACAAGAAUCUUUAACACAGAGGGAAGUUGUAGCCUUCAUUCAAAUUUGUUUAUGUAUAGGGUGUUCCAUGAUAUUCACCAAAUAGACAUCAGAAGUGUUUGUAACAUUAAAUGGUAAGAAAUGUAUUGUGUCAAAUAUGAUUCA